CAUUUUAGUUGUGUUUGGUAUUUCUGUGUAGUGCGUGAGUGAAUGUUCAGAAGUUGUUAAACCGAAUGAAGACUAAAAAACUUGAGAUUUGCAUUUGGGAUUUUAAUAACGUUUGAAGACUUCGCUUCUGAGCUAAAUAGGCCGAUUUUUGUUUGUUAUGAAACUGACAAAUUAGAAGAGAAUAGAAACAAAUUAGGUAUGUCCGGCGUUAGUUUGUCCGGAAGUGGCGGGCCCCCCGUCAUCGGCUCAACAAACCCGGGGGCUGUGGAACUCAGCGACACGGGCGGUAGGGCCCUUAAAUUGCAGACAGACACCCCACACCUGGUCAGCAUGGGCGGAGAUCGACUCAGCACAUCGGUUACUCUACAUCCUAUACCACAAGGUCGUGUAACGCUAGGCAGCGGUCCUCGAGCAGACAUCCAUGUCCAAGGAACUGGUGUUCUUCCUUUGCACUGCCAUAUCGAAAACAGUGAGGGAAUCGUUACUAUAUAUCCUCUUUCUGAGAAUCUGUCUAUUGAUGGGGUGAAAGUUACGAGUCCAACACGUUUAUCCCAAGGUGUUAUGCUCACCAUAGGAAGAUCGAACUACUUGAGAUUUAAUCACCCUGCCGAAGCAAAACUCAUUAAAUCUGUUCUACCUAACCCAAGAAUAUCUAUGGCUCCAAUAAAUUUCGAACCCGACAACUCCUACCAGACGAAAUUCAACAAGAAGCCUCCAGUCGCGCCUCGGAAAAGCCCAAGGGAGUCUUUUUCCGAUAGUAGCAGUGACGAACCCCCAUCUAGUAUAAUGACCAAAGUCUCAAAAUUUGAAUAUCUGGCAGCACAAAACUACAAAAAGUCGAUAUCGCCCAAAGUGUUCCCAUCGAACGUUGUUACCGUAAACACUCCAAUAAAAGACGUUUUAGGCAAAGCACCACCAGACUUGAAUAGCUUCACUAAAAACUUACCGCAAAGUGCCCUCAACUAUGCAGAACUGAACUCCAACGAGAAGCAUCAAGUGAAAAUUCCAGGUCAACAACUUUUAUCAAAGAAAACCCAUCAUCAAAGUCAGUAUGUUAAUGUUACAGUCAACGAAACUAAAAAUAUAAACAAUAGAGUUAUUAUUUUCGAAAACGGAUGCAUUCCUAAAAGUCAAAAUGUCAAUUUUGAUCAUAACGAACUGAAUAAUAAAUCCUCGAAUGCUAACAAAAAUAUUAACAUCAAUAGGGGCAAUACUCCUUCUCCUAGUUUCAAUAGAACUCCUGGAGGGUUUUUGAGAAGCAUAACGCCCAGUCCAAUUUCUAAUAUUCAAAAAAUUGACCAUAGGCGAAGUGGGUCACUUGGCGAACUCACCAAUUACAUGGAUGGAUAUGAAGAUCUUGCUCACAGAAAAUACGAAGCAGAGUUGAAAAGGAAUCAGGCGCAACAAGAUCGGAUAAAAGAGCAAGAAAUUGAAAAAGCAGAACAGCAAAGACUGGAAGAAAUUUUGAACAUGUGUGCUGAAUACGAGAAACAACAGUGUGAGAAGAAUAAACCAAUAACACCCAACAGAAUUAUAACCAAUGGUUCCCUUCCUCGAGACAAAAGAGGUCAAUUUGGCCCCCCUUCACCUAGUUACAGCAGCACUCCACCUCCUUCUCCACUAGACAUAUUACACAACGAACUACUGAAGCAAAACAAUCACCACAACUAUGAAAAUGUAAGCAUCAAUUAUGGUCAUCCAACGACGAACACCCAGUAUGACAGUUUCGAAAUCAAAUCUUCAGAUAAUUUGAAUGGAGAACAUCGCAGUUUGGAAAGAAGUAGUCCUUAUGAAAAUGUAUAUAUUCAGCAUAAUCCACCUGGACCUUAUCCUUCAUCACCCAGAACAAGAAUAAAAACUUUCAUAACAUCAAAUAAAGAUAAAUUGAAUUAGAGAGGGCUCUUAUAUCUGGAGAGCAUAAAUCGAAACUAUUAGAUCUGGAAAAGAUUGAGGCCAAGAAACAGAAGUUACAGAAACGUUCACAAAGGAUAGAAGAAAGUAUGAGAGAUUGUCAAAUGAAGCAGGAUGAAGACCAACAAGAAUGCAAGAAAAAACUUCAACUUGCUCAAGAAAACAUGGCGAAAGUAGAUGAAAAAUUGUCAUCUACCCCUAAAUCUAGUCCCGAAUAUGAGCAAGUGUUUGAGGAAUACCUUCACGCUCAGGAGCAACUAGACAAUGAAAGAAAAGCUUUUGAAGAUCUGGAAUUUCACCACUUAGAAGAAGAAGCUGAUUGGCUGGCCAGUCGAGAAGAACUACAAAGAGAAAUUUUGGAUUUUACUAAAAGAAUAGACACGUUAAAAUCACAGAUCUUCGACCUUGAACAGCAAAAAAUGAACACUUCUAAAACGAAUACAAACGAAUUCAAAACGAUAGAAAAACAAAAAAUGGAAUGCAUGAUGCGACUGGAAGAAAUACGAAACAGGCUAAGAAGUAUUGAAAAUGAACUUUUGAUGCACUCAAAUGAAGAAUCAGAGCAAGAAAUCUCCAGUGACACGGAUAGCGACAAGUCGAAAGAUAUUGAUAAACAACUAUCUAAUAACUCACUUGAUAAAAUGACUGAUUUAAGUUGCUCGAUUAUAGUUAGUACUUCGAAAAUUCCUAAUGAUGAUAUGUACAAUAUGUCUCAAUCUUUCAAUGAGAAGAUGUUUUAUGAGAAGUCCAUUCUAGAAGUUGGAAUUGAUAAAAAAUUUCCUAGUCAAGAUGACAUAGAUAGGAUCAGCAGAGUGACUUCUGAUGCACCUAUAAAUAUCACUGAUGGACAGGGAUCACUUGGCAGAAAAACUAUAGAAUCUCUUAGGGAAAUAGAAAGGAAUAGGCAUUUACAUCUCUGUCAACAAGGAUCCCAAGUAAUAGAACAAGAAAGGCAGAGAGUGAAUGCCUUGAAGCAGAGGGUCCAAGAGGAAGUUAAAAGUAAAUGGGCCCAAAGGGUAAAAGACUGUAAUUCCUUCAAUUCUUCUAGUUCCGAGCUUUCAGGAAACAGUUUUAUCGAGGAAGACAAUAAAAACGAAGAAAGACUAAUCGUGGACCAUCAAAAUUCAAAAGAAUCGCAGGUACGAAAUGAAGCAGAAAAUGCAGAAUCUCCAAGACCAUUAUCGGAUACUAGCGAGAUGAGUUUAGAAGUUGGAACGUUGAAUAGAAAGAGGAAACCAGUCAGCGAUAAACAAAGACCUCUCACCAGAUAUCUGCCCAUCAGAGGAUCAGAUCUCGAUCUGCGACAGCACAUCGAAUCAGCAGGACAUCAAGUAGUAUUAUGUCCCCAUGUCAUCAUAAACUCCAGCACUUGCAGAGGUUUUCUUCACAAAAAAGGCUCAAAACUGAAUGGCUGGUCAAGACGGUGGUUUGUAUUUGACAGAAACAAGCACACUUUUUCAUAUUAUUCGGACAAAAGCGAGAAGAAACCUCGAGGAGGAGCGUAUUUCCAGGCCAUUGAGGAAGUUUACUUGGACCACUUGAACAGCAUGAAAUCCCCUAAUCCACAGCUAUCUUUUAUAGUAAAGACUCACGAGCGAUUUUAUUACUUGAUGGCACCUUCUCCAGAGGCUAUGCGAAUAUGGGUAGACGUGAUAUUCACUGGUGCUGAAGGAUAUCGAGAAUUUGAACAUGGAACUUGAUGUAUUUUCUUCUGAUUAUGGUCGAAAAAGUUUCAAAUUCUGCAUACUUUUAUGUACAGAUUGUCAGUCGAUUUGCAGAUCUAAUUAGAAUUAUUUUUAUAAUGGAUUAUAGUUUUUAUAAUAAUUUUGUAAAUAAACAGGAAGGAAUUGUUGAUGUAUUGUGAUAGGUACGAAAAAGUUUACUGAAUUGAUUUAUAACUGUUUUUUUUUAAGGUUACCAAAUGAAAUAUUUUGUGAGGUAAUUUCACUAAAGAUAUAUUUUUGAGAGAAAUAAGUGCCUUUUAAAAAAUCUGAAUAUUUAAAAAAUUAAGACUGUGUACACCAAGAAAUUGUUUAUUAAUAAUUAUUGUGUUUGACAAAUUAUAAAAUCAUAAAGUACACACUAAUGUUUUAUGAA